GUUCAGGUGAAGCGAUCUUCUCUCUUUGCAUGGAGCUCGCUCGUGAGGUGGUCAAUGGAGCCAACAACAACAACAACAAGAAGAGACAGCGCCGGACCCCCUUAUUCGAGACAACACCAAGACAACAACCAGCCCGUUCACUGUGGACAUAUCACUCUGGACUGGAGCAUUCAGCUCGGCGGCACACGAGAUUCGCAGUCAGACCGACACCGACAUCUUUGUGGUCAUUAGACCAUAGUUUGUUCUUCGUCGUUGCUCGGAGGCAGCACUGUUCGUUGACGGAGGUGGCACUUGAUUCGUUAUCUGCACCAAAAGGUUGUUUUUCUUGCGCGAUCAAGGAGAGAAUAAAUUCGCAAAGACGCACCAGUCAAUCGUACUGGUCCAUCCGUGUCCAGCACCGAAAAGAAUUUGGACAAUAUGGCCGAUGAAGCCCCCCGAAAACGACUCCAGGAAGUUGAAGAAACUCCACAACCUGCCAAGCGUCCCAAGAAAUCACCAGCAGAUGAUCUGAUUUGUCCCAUCAGUUUGGAGUUGCCAUGGGACCCUGUCACGGCCGAGGAUGGCCGAGUUUAUGAUAGGUUUGCUAUUGAGGAGCACAUCAAGAAAAAUCCAGGGAAUCUCACUUCCCCAAUCACUCGAGAAAAAAUUGGCACCAGACUCUUUCCGGCCAUCCAGCACCGAAACACCAUUGAUACUUUGGUGGAGUCUGGUGUCAUUGAUGGGGACUUGGCUGACAAAUGGAAUGAAAAGGUCGAACAUAAGAAGGAAAUGGAAGAAUUGCUGAAGAUGGCAGAAGCAGGUGAUGGAGAAGCCAUGUGUCAAGUGGCACGGAAUCAUUCAAACGGUGUGGAUGGGUUCAAGCAAGACAAGAAGCUGGCCUUUCAUUGGUACAAGAGAGCUCAAGUGGCUGGGAAUAUCAUGGGCAAAGCAUUGUUGGGUUGGUAUUAUCUGAACGGGAGAGGUGUGGCCAAGCAACAAUCACUUGGGCUGUUUCACCUUACUGAUGCAGCAUCCCAAGGAUCAAACUUUGCGGCCUAUGAAUUGGGAAUGGCAUUUGCCACUGGAACAUAUGGCUUGCACAUGGAUAAAACAGAAGCCAUCCGUUGGCUGGAGAAGUCGCUUGGGAAUUGUCCCCACAAACAUCUGUGUGCUGCAGAAAGGAACAAAGCCCAGCAGAAACUGGAUGAACUGAAGGCGUUGGCGCCUGCUAGCUAGUUCUGCGACCUCCUGAUCCAUUUACUGACUACUACAGGCGAGGGCUCCUGUCCUUGUGGAUGAUGCGUGGAAGGGUUCUGUUUUUCGAAUAUGUGCACAGGAGCAGAGGAUUUAUCCGAUUGCUGGGUUUUUAUUUUAAAUCUUUCCAGGUUGCAAGG